AAUAUGAUAAAUGGGAGAAAUUUUUGCCGUUUCCACAAGUGCGAGUGAGUGCAGAUUUUUAGAUAGGUGUUCCGAGUUCGGACACGUUGCAUUUUGUUGCAUUUAAAUCGGAUAAGGUUCUUCAGUGGUUUGUCAAAUAAGUAUAUGGAUCAAUAUGUCUGCGAAAGUGUCAUUGGCAGGUAUUUAUACAUCAGACAAGAAUGGUAAUGAUGAAACAGGAGAUGGUACUGAGAGCAAUCCCUUUAAAACUAUUUUAAGAGCGAUGCGUCAUGCCAAUAAGGAACCCUUUCCAAUCAUCUAUCAGGAUUCCCAUGAAAAUGACAAAAAAUAUGAACCAGCAUCUAAAUCUCAGUUAAAAAAAAUACACAAGAUUUGGGCUAGAGAACAGAAAAAGAAUGAGGACAAAGAAAAGAAAUUAUUGGAAGAUGAAGAAAAAAGAUUGAAGAAUCUUGAAGAAGCUAAAGCAAUUAUUAUAGAAGAGGAUAAAUUACUGCCAGAAGCAAAGCGAAUCAAGAUAAAACAAGCUCUUGAUCACAGAGAUCAAAGAGUCAAGAUAUAUGGAUGGGUCCAUAGACUAAGGCGACAAGGCAAAGCCCUUAUGUUCAUCACGUUGCGAGAUGGGACAGGUUUUCUGCAGUGUGUACUGACUGAUAAGCUUUGUCAAACAUAUGAUGCCUUGAUUCUUGCUACAGAAGCUGCUGUUCAACUGUUUGGGAUCUUGAAAACUGUUCCUGAAGGAAAAAAUGCACCUGGUGGACAUGAAUUAAGUGUCGAUUAUUGGAAACUUAUUGGACCGUCGCCUCCUGGUGGCGCCGAUUCAAUUUUGAACGAAGAAGCUCUACCUGAUGUACAAUUGGACAACAGGCAUAUAAUGAUUCGAGGCGAAAAUACAUCAAGAAUUUUAAUUAUGAGAUCUAUAUUGACACAAGCAUUCAGAGAUCACUAUAAGGACCGUGGUUAUCAUGAGGUAACUCCACCAACUUUAGUGCAAACCCAAGUGGAAGGUGGUUCAACUCUCUUCAAAUUAGAUUAUUUUGGAGAGAACGCUUUUCUCACUCAAAGUUCUCAAUUGUAUCUUGAAACGUGCAUUCCAGCAAUGGGUGAUGUUUAUUGCAUUGCUCAAUCGUAUCGGGCAGAGCAAUCGAGAACGCGUCGUCAUCUCGCAGAAUACACACAUAUAGAGGGAGAAUGUCCGUUUAUUACAUUUGAGGAUUUGCUAGAUCGACUAGAAGAUUUAAUUUGUGAUGUAGUUGAGCGAGUUUUACAAUCGCCGCUUGGUUAUCUUGUCAAAGAAUUGAAUCCUGACUUUCAAAUACCCAAGAAACCCUUCAAGCGAAUGAACUACAGCGACGCCAUUGAAUAUCUAAAAGAAAACAAUAUCACAAAAGAAGAUGGCAGCUUUUAUGAGUUUGGAGAAGAUAUUCCAGAAAUGCCAGAAAGGAAAAUGACUGAUGCUAUCAAUGAACCGAUAAUGCUUUGUCGCUUUCCUGUGGAAAUUAAGUCAUUUUAUAUGCAACGUUGUGCGGAGGAUAGACGCUUAACGGAGUCUGUCGAUAUACUUUUACCGAAUGUGGGUGAAAUUGCUGGUGGUUCAAUGCGUAUCUGGGAUUAUGCAGAGAUGAUGGAGGGUUACAAACGUGAAAACAUUGAUCCAACUCCAUACUACUGGUACACAGACCAGCGAAGAUAUGGAUCUUGCCCUCAUGGUGGUUACGGAUUGGGAUUGGAACGAUUUUUGUGCUGGCUGUUGAACAGAUAUCACAUACGUGAGGUGUGUUUGUAUCCGCGUUUCCUAGAGCGUUGUCGUCCAUAAAAAAGUGUAUUUCAAUACAGAUAUUACGUCAAUGAUAAGUUUAAUCCUUAAGUAGGCGCACUGGGAAAAUCACAUGAGUGGCCGCAUCAGUGUAGUGAUCUUAUACAUACAAAUUUUUAAAAAAAUUAUUUUUUUUAAUAAAAAUUUAAGUAGAGAUAUUCAAAUAUAAAAAUAAAUUAGUAAUUAAUAUUUAUCACUUUUAUUUUCUAUAUCUUUUUAGUAAUUGAAGCGACUGAUUUCAUACGUCUACUUAAGGUUAAUAAACAUGUUUUACUUUCUAUUAUUAUAAUGACUAUUAUAACUAUAGUCUAUGCUGCAUAAUUAUGCUUAUAUUCAAAAAUGUUACACGAAUAACAUACCAAAAACUACUCAAUAAAAACUCAUAAAAACUA